AUGACGUUUUAUUGUGCUUCUUCGAAAGAAGAGGAAGAAUUGUCCUUUUCAUCGACUUCUACUAUGGACUCUGACUAUGAGAUACCAGUUGCACUGCAGAAACUACACGUCUGGACCAAUGAGCGUGUAUCUACUCGAGUUUCGCAGACGUUGAGUACCCUGAAUACCAUUCGGGAGAGCGAGUCGAUGCGUUUUAGUAUGGUGACGGCUAAUAAAUGGAAGAAAAUGGGCUAUCAUCCUUAUAAGCCUGACGCCUUGGGAUACACGGCAUUGCAUCGUGCUGCGAAACGUGGUGAUGAAGCUGUCGUGACGUCUCUCCUUGCCAUGUACGACGGCAAAGCCAUUGACUUGGCCUCGAUUCAGUCUCAUAAACAGCAACAGAUUGCGCUACAUAUUGCAGCCAAGUAUGGUAACCUUGAAGCUGCUCGACUGCUAGCUGCGCCGGAAUUUCGACGACUUGUCAACAUGCCCGAUCGCAAUGGCAACACCCCGUUGCAUUUUGCUGCUACGUGUUCUGCACCGUCAGCGGUGAAGGUUGUCGCAUUACUCUUAAUGCGAGGAGCAGACCCGACAAUCAAGAGCAAGCGAGAUGUCUUUCCCAUCGUUGCUAGUGUGCUCACGGCACAAGGUGAGGACGACCCGACGAUCGUACAGUUACUCAUGAAAAAUGGCAGUGACCCCAAUACUGUCGACGGGGCUGGUAAUACGGUGCUGCAUAUUGCUGUGUCACGGGGGCUGUGGAAGGUUGCAGCAGCUCUUGUAAGUGAAAACGCAGGCAUGACGAUCCGCAACAACCAAGGUGUGAUGGUCCUGGAUAUUCUGUCGCCGGCACAGCUGGCGUGGUUGGUCAAGUUCCUUGUGCAUCCACCUGAGUGGGUACCUUAUGAGACGCAACGCUCUUGCAUGGUGUGCUCGCGCAAGUUUGGUCUGCUUGUUCGACGUCAUCACUGCCGAUUAUGCGGACGUAUUUGCUGCGGUCCAUGCUCUAAGUACAAACGCCGUCUCCCAUUUAAGAACACUUCGAACAAGCUGACGAGAAAGGGGCACCAUGAUAUGAUGAAAGUCUGCAGUACCUGCGUUACCGUUCGUAGCGUUGCGGACACGGACUUAUCGUGGGCAAGCACCACGGUGGACCGAUUGAUAGCAAGUGAUGCUAUUGUAGAUUAUAAUCAUGAUUAUUAG